GCCCGCUGGACUCUGCCCUCCCACCCAGGGAGCAACACCCAGAGGAGCUGCUGAAGAGUUCCAAGGGCUGGGGCAGGGCCCAGUGGGCUGGAGGUGCCCAUUCUCAGCUUCCUGCCUGGGGCUGGAGAGAACCAGCAGGCGCCGGGCGCAGGAGCCGCUGGAACAAUGCUGAGGCGGGCGAGGUGAGGAGCGGCCGGCUCUGCCUCCGCGAGGAAGCGUCGAAGGAGUGUCUCGAACAGGUGAUCGGAGGAGCCGGAAACCGAGGCCACCUGGGCGGGCAUCCCUCCCCUCUCCUCGGCCAGGCCCUGCCCCCCAGAGAAGGUGGGGAAACCAUGGCGACCAAUUUCAACGACAUCGUCAAGCAAGGCUACGUGAAGAUGAAGAGCAGGAAGCUCGGGAUCUACCGUAGGUGCUGGCUGGUGUUCCGGAAGUCCUCCAGCAAGGGGCCCCAGCGGCUGGAGAAGUACCCGGAUGAGAAGUCCGUGUGCCUCCGAGGCUGCCCCAAGGUGACCGAGAUCAGUAACGUCAAGUGCGUCACACGGCUCCCCAAGGAGACCAAGAGGCAGGCGGUGGCCAUCAUCUUCACCGACGACUCGGCCCGUACCUUCACCUGCGACUCAGAGCUGGAGGCGGAGGAGUGGUACAAGACCCUGUCUGUGGAGUGUCUGGGGUCGCGGCUCAACGACAUCAGUCUGGGAGAGCCGGACCUCCUGGCCCCAGGGGUGCAGUGUGAACAGACAGAUCGCUUCAACGUCUUCCUGUUACCCUGCCCCAACCUGGACGUGUAUGGCGAGUGCAAGCUGCAGAUCACCCAUGAGAACAUCUACCUCUGGGACAUACACAACCCCCGCGUGAAGCUCGUCUCGUGGCCCCUCUGCUCACUGCGCCGUUAUGGCCGGGACACCACACGCUUUACCUUCGAGGCUGGCCGGAUGUGUGACGCUGGGGAAGGGCUCUACACCUUCCAGACGCAGGAAGGGGAACAGAUUUACCAGCGGGUCCACAGUGCCACCCUGGCCAUCGCCGAGCAGCACAAGCGGGUCCUGCUGGAAAUGGAGAAGAAUGUGAGGCUGCUGAACAAGGGCACGGAACAUUACUCCUACCCCUGCACGCCCACGACCAUGCUGCCCCGCAGUGCCUACUGGCACCACAUCACGGGCUCCCAGAACAUCGCUGAGGCCUCCAGCUAUGGCGGUGAGUCCCUGCAGCGCCCCUUGGCCACCUGCCGCGAGCCUCUGUGGGAGACGAGGCCUUCUGGGCAGGGACCUUCCCACCUGGACCCGAGUCCUGAGCCUGCCUCUGUGUCCACAGGUGAGGGGCAUGGGGCAGCCCAAGCCAGCUCGGAAACGGACCUCCUUGACAGAUUCAUCCUGCUAAAGCCAAAGCCCAGCCAGGGGGACAGCAGCGAGGCCAGGACCCCCGCCCAGUGACAGCCGGGCUGGCGUGCACCCAUGACUGCGGGGCUGCCCGCUGCGUGCUGAGGACAGCCUCAGGGGGCUAUUGGCCACGCGCCUGGAGAAAGGGAGCCGCUGUCCCUUCCUUGCCCCCACGGGGAGGCUGGACCAAGGCAGAGGGCUGGCCACGCUGCCUGAGCAUGUGUGAGGGGCUGGAGCUACCGUGGGACUAUUUACUGUUCAUGAUUUUAAUAUAUACGGCUUAUGACAUAUCCUGUAUUAACGAGAUUUCCCCGUCCCUCCCUGCCACCACAUACAGUUUUGAAUCCCAUGACCAGGCCACCAAGGCUGGUUCUGAAUGUCCUCUGUGGCACAGCCCUCCCGCUGCCAGGACUCGCCUGAGCUGCCAGGGCCGGAGGCAGACAAUCAGAACUCAAGGCCGGUGCUGUCGGCAGGCUUCUCCCAGGAGCCAAGGGCUAAGAUAGCAAGUGGCUUCUCAGUUCCUCUGGGCCUAGUGGCACAGGAAGGAUCCGAACUCAUGCGGUGCCACCUGCUGACAUCUGGUUGACACCUCAGGUGAAAAGCUGGUUUGAAAAAGAACAUUUCUGCCCAGGCUCCUCCCUGCUUUGUAGGCUGAGAAGAUCCCUGUGGGCAGGAGUGCUGGUGACCUCAGCCGGGGGAGGCGGCCAGGCCAGGAGGGAGGGCCAGCAGGACUGCAGUGGGGAGCUGCCCUGCGGCCCCCUCUCACUGACCUGGGCCGGCAGUGCCCCUGCGGAGAGAGGAGAGGCCCCUCUCUGGUCUGACCACCCUCUGGCCAGAAUGGACUCAGAAACCAGCCCUUCCACUUCCUCCCCACAUGGUGCUGAGGCUCCCUGCUGAGAUGCAAUUAAAGCAAUUGACUUUCUAGUGCUGGUAUUUAUUGACUACUGGGCAGAAGGGCUAUCUUUCUAUCCACAUCAAACCUUCGGUUAUGUGUGUUGUGUUUUUUUUUGUUUUUUUAAAUACUUCGGGUUCUGCUUUGUGGGAACAGACCUUGUUACCCUGAUGUAAAUAACCACUGUUCAAGUCGCGGCAGGAGGCCCCUCCAGCAGAGCCCUGGAGCCAAGGGGGUGGCCACAGCCAGCUCAGCUCUGAACGGAGCAGGGAGCGACCACCAGAGGCACAGGCCUGCAGGAGAGCCCGAGGCCUUGGAGGGGGGGCUGCUGGCUCAGCGAGCAGCACGAUGACGCAUGAGGGAGAUUAUGUUGUGCUCUUUAUUGCCAAAAAUAAAAACUCUACUGUUAAUAAAUAUCCCUUCCUUUCU